AGCUGUAGUUGUUGUAGUUUGCCUCUGUGGUUCAUUGGAGGUCGCGCCCCAUCACGAGUCGUUUUUUUUUUUGCCUUUUCUCUUUCAUUUGAUUCCUUUUAAUUUCUAUUAUUAUUCUUGAUAAUUUUAAUUUUUAUCUUUUCGCUCUGAUGAUGAAGUGGGAGUAGUAGUGAAAAACCAAGCAAAACCCCCAAUCCCCAAUGCUCAGAUUCUUCGCCCAUUCAUCUCUUUUCUUUGGUUUCUGAGCAUCUCCACACAAAUCCAUAGAUACCCACCCAAAAGAACCCUCCCCCCCAAAACCAAAAGAAAUUAGCCCCAAUAUUAGAGAACUAAGGAGAAGAAGAAGAAGAUAAAAAAUCAACAACAACCAUGAAAAGAGACCACCAUCAUCUCCAAACCAACCCAGACCCAUCGACUGUCGGCAGCUCCUCCGUCUGCGGUGGUUCUACAACCGGAAAGGCCAAGAUGUGGCAGGAAGAAGCCGCCCAACAAGACUGUGGAAUGGAUGAGCUUUUGGCGGUUCUUGGGUACAAGGUUAAAACUUCAGACAUGGCAGAAGUGGCUCAAAAGCUUGAGCAGUUAGAGGAGGUUAUGUGUAAUGUUCAAGAUGAUGGGAUUUCACAUCUUGCUUCCGAAACCGUUCAUUAUAAUCCUUCCGAUCUAUCAACUUGGCUCGAAAGCAUGCUCUCUGAGCUUAACCCUCCCUCCACUUUUGAUCCUGUUGUCACUGCUGGACCGGCUGCGGCGGCUACGUUAGAUGAUUCGUUUCUUGGUCCGGCUGAGUCUUCGACUUUAACGACGUUGGAUUUCGACAACAACAAUCAAAAACAUCAGAAAAAAGGGCGACAACUCUUUGAGGAAGCUUCGUGUUCAGAUUAUGAUCUCAAAGCAAUUCCUGGUAAGGCUAUUUAUUCUCAAAAAACCCAAACCCAUGAUUCCUCUUCUUCUUCCACUCAAAACAACGUUGUUAAAUCCGAAAAGCGCUUGAAAUCUACAUCCGGGUCGCACUCGGAUAUCUAUCCUCCUCCUGCUUCAUCCUAUGGAAUUCCGGCUGAGUCAACUCGUCCUGUUGUCCUGGUUGACUCACAAGAAAACGGAAUCCGGCUGGUCCAUGCUUUGAUGGCAUGUGCAGAAGCUGUCCAGCAAAACAAUCUCAAUCUCGCCGAAGCGCUGGUAAAACAAGUUGGGUUUUUAGCGAGUUCUCAAGCUGGGGCUAUGAGGAAAGUGGCUACGUAUUUUGCUGAAGCAUUAGCUCGAAGGAUUUAUAGAUUAUAUCCUCAAAACCCACUCGACCAUUCUUUAUCAGAUGUUCUUCACAUGCACUUCUACGAGACUUGCCCUUAUCUAAAGUUUGCCCACUUCACAGCUAACCAAGCGAUUCUCGAAGCUUUUGAAGGCAAAAAAAGGGUUCACGUCAUCGAUUUUUCGAUGAACCAAGGCAUGCAAUGGCCUGCUUUGAUGCAAGCCUUAGCGUUAAGAGGUGGUGGUCCGCCGACUUUUAGGUUAACUGGGAUUGGACCUCCCAGCCAUGAUAACUCGGAUCACUUGCAAGAAGUUGGUUGGAAAUUGGCUCAAUUAGCUGAAACGAUUCACGUUGAGUUUGAAUAUCGUGGGUUCGUGGCUAAUUCUUUGGCCGAUUUGGAUGCUUCAAUGCUUGAUCUUAGACCCAGUGAAGGUGAAGCCGUGGCCGUUAACUCCGUUUUUGAGUUACAUAAAUUAUUGGCUCGUCCGGGUGCUAUUGACAAAGUUUUAUCCGUGGUGAAACAGAUGAAGCCUGAGAUUGUCACUAUAGUUGAGCAAGAAGCGAACCAUAACGGUCCGGUUUUCUUAGACCGAUUCACUGAGUCGUUACAUUAUUACUCGACGCUUUUUGACUCGUUGGAGGGGUCGGUGAGUAGUCAGGAUAAGGUUAUGUCGGAGGUGUACUUGGGGAAACAGAUUUGUAAUGUGGUGGCCUGUGAAGGGGUGGACCGAGUUGAGAGGCACGAGAAGUUGGCUCACUGGAGAAAUCGGUUGGGUACGGCCGGUUUUGCGUCUGUUCAUUUGGGCUCUAAUGCGUUCAAGCAAGCUAGUAUGUUGUUGGCUUUGUUUGCUGGAGGAGAUGGGUAUGGGGUGGAGGAGAAUAAUGGGUGUUUGAUGCUGGGUUGGCACAGUCGCCCACUCAUAGCAACUUCUGCUUGGAAACUCGCCAACAAAACAGCUGCUACUGCCCACUGAGUUUGUGAGUUGACUCAGUGAGUUAGAUUCAACUUCAGUUUGGUCCCUACCAAACCCUAUCUCGGGGGCUGUCUAUGUUCUAUUCUGAGCUGGGUGCCUUCCUGCCUGGUGAGAAUGAGACCCACCAAUCCCGAACCUGUUUGCCCCCUCCCCCUUCCCCUUCACCUCUCUUUUUCUUUUUCUUUUUUAAUUAUCAUUUUCUAAAUUUUCAGUCCCAUUUUUUUUUAUUUGAAUUUUCAGCUACCUCUGGUUAGGAUAUUUUUCUUCGCCGGUCUGUUUUUGGUUGGGAAUCUUCUGUAUUUUCAGGGUGAAUCAAAAAG